AUGUCAGCGCGCGGUCCCCAAACGAAAGUUCAGAAAGUGAUGGUUCAACCUAUCAAUCUGAUCUUUCGAUAUUUGCAAAAUCGAUCGCGUAUACAAGUCUGGUUGUAUGAGCAAGCCACGAUACGAAUUGAAGGUUAUAUUAUUGGAUUCGAUGAAUAUAUGAAUCUCGUGUUAGAUGAUGCAGAAGAAAUCUUAUUGAAGAAGAAUCAACGAAAACGAAUUGGCAGAAUUUUGCUCAAAGGCGAUAAUAUCAGUUUGAUUCAACAAGUUCAAUCAAGCUCAACAUAA